CGCAUGGCUGGUGGUGGCUGUGAUGUUCCUGUCGAACGUCGUCACCGCCGGGUCACGAAUAAAUAGCUCAUAAAUACAGCUUACGUUGAUGGUCAGGUACGCAUGGCUGGUGGUGGCUGUGAUGUUCCUGUCGAACGUCGUCACCGCCGGGUCACGAAUAAAUAGCUCAUAAAUACAGCUUACGUUGAUGGUCAGGUACGCAUGGCUGGUGGUGGCUGUGAUGUUCCUGUCGAACGUCGUCACCGCCGGGUCACGAAUAAAUAGCUCAUAAAUACAGCUUACGUUGAUGGUCAGGUACGCAUGGCUGGUGGUGGCUGUGAUGUUCCUGUCGAACGUCGUCACCGCCGGGUCACGAAUAAAUAGCUCAUAAAUACAGCUUACGUUGAUGGUCAGGUACGCAUGGCUGGUGGUGGCUGUGAUGUUCCUGUCGAACGUCGUCACCGCCGGGUCACGAAUAAAUAGCUCAUAAAUACAGCUUACGUUGAUGGUCAGGUACGCAUGGCUGGUGGUGGCUGUGAUGUUCCUGUCGAACGUCGUCACCGCCGGGUCACGAAUAAAUAGCUCAUAAAUACAGCUUACGUUGAUGGUCAGGUACGCAUGGCUGGUGGUGGCUGUGAUGUUCCUGUCGAACGUCGUCACCGCCGGGUACAUCAAGAGCUUCGGCGUCAUCUACAACGCCGUCGAGAUCGCCUACCCCGACACGUCUGCCACUGCAGGAGGUGUCGUGGUCGCUCUUCUCUCUGGAUGUAGGAACUUUUUAGCACCCGUGGCGGGGGCGGCCGCGGUCCAAUUCGGGGCGAGACCGGUCAUGAUCUUCGGGAUUGUCCUUUGCUCCGGCGGCCUGUUUGCUUCCUUCUUCUGUGACUCCGUCGCCACCCUCGCCAUAACGCUGGGGGCCAUGAUGGGCACGGGCAUGUGUGCAGUGGGUAUCGGCCAGAUUAUAGUAAUGCCGGACUAUUUCCGCAACAAAAAGGAACUCGCAAAUUCCAUCCGCGUAGCAGGCCACCCGCUCGGGGGUGCUGUCUUUCCGUUCUUCUUCCUGCCCAUAUUCGAAAAUUUCGGACUUAAACUCACCUUCAUUAUCUUAUCAGCAUUGUUCGCACAACUUGCCGCGUUUGUAUUCCUGAUAAGACCAUUUUCAGUUCAUGUAAAAAUGGCUGAAGUCCAAAAGUCACGCAGAGAAAAGAGAAAGCAAAGCGCUUCAAAUUGUGUAACAGCCAUAAACGAUAAUGAACCACCACAAGAAACUAAAAUGAAGGCAAAAAAAUUUGACCUGAAGCUUUUCUUAAACCCCAUUUAUUUGACGCAUAUUGGCACGAUAGCCGGAUUGUCAGCUGCUCUUCCACACGCUCAUUAUUUCUUGGCCGCUUACGGCAAGGCCAUCGGAUUCUCACUUGAACAAAACUCUAUUUUGCUCGCGUACCAAUCGGUGCUGGACGGCGUCACUCGCCUCUUGCUCGGCUACAUGCUUGACAGAAAACUAUUCAAGAAGACGCACUGCCUCGCAGUGUGCCUGGUUGUGGCCGGCAUUGGAACUGUAAUGAUCCCAGCGUCAACCAACUUCUGGGUGGUGAUGUUCAUCUUUAGCCUUUUCUCGCUCGGAAGCUCCGGCUACUUCGGUACCAUCAAUGUUAUUCUCAUCGAUCAGUUCGGAGCACACAACGUGGCGUCCUCUUGGGGAUUCAUUCGUAUGAUCCAAGGAAUCCUGAACUUCACGUACCCUCCACUACUUGGUUAUUUCGUGGAUGUAACUGGCAGUUACCUUCUGACUUUCGUGAUUAUGGGCAUCGGUACGAUUUUCGCAGGUCUCUGCAUCGCAGUACAGCCUCUCGUUGCCCGGGCUGUUAAGAUCGACAUGAUUUUCUAUUAGACGAGAACAAUGACUUCGACCGAUGAGUGUUAUGCUGAUAUUCAACGUGAAUCGCAGGAAAAUUAAAAAAAAUGUAACAGAAGUCAAUACGUGUCGGUCUCUUUAUUAGUAUGAAGUAUUGUAGAUAAACACUAUUAGGAAAUUAUUUUCAAGGCAUAUCACGUCAUUUCGAUCAAGUUAUAUGUUUCAUUGUGAUAAGCUUGUGUUAUCCCUUUAUGAUUUUUGUAACAUAACAUAUUUGACGCAAAGACCGCCAAUUCCUCUCAAAUUGCCUUAUGGUCAUUUACCAAACAAGGAAAUAAUUCCACAAUUAGCCUAAAUAUUGAUGAACGAGGAAUGAUUUGAUAUAGAGAUAAAGAGUAGUUUGUUUUUUCCAUAAUUCGGCCAUGCGUCCGAGGCUAUGC